AUGAGUUCCACUCGACUAACACCCCUGCCCAUCACCCACAAACAGCCCUAUGCUGCUGUCUCUCCGGACCGCCCUGGGCUCUCGCAGGCUGGCAAGACUGUCCUCAUCACGGGAGGCGGCUCCGGGAUUGGAAGUGCAAUCGCAAAGAGCUUCGCUCAGGCCGGCGCCUCGACCAUUGUCCUCGUUGGCCGCCGCGAAGAGGUCAUGCAACUUACCGCGCAAACGCUGAGAGAAUCAAAUCCCGAGCUUCAGGUUCACAUAUACACAGUAGACAUCACUGAAUCCGAAAGCAUUGCUAAGCUCUGGAGCCGGCUCGCUGAGAGCGCCAUCGUGGUCGACGUUCUCGUCUUGAAUGCCGGGCGGCAGUCUGUGGUCAAGACCGUACUUGAUCUUGGUUCCAAAGAGGUGUUUGAAUCUUUCAAGGUCAAUGUGUUUGGGCACAUGGAACUCAUUGAGCAUUUAUACAAACAGGAUAGAAGCAACUCUUCUAGCCCAGCGGUUGUUAUUAAUGUGUCGACCGCCGCCUCAUGGGACCUGAAAUCUGGUGGCCCAGUGCCUGUGUAUUGCCUAACCAAAAACUCAGGCACCAUGCUACUGCAGCAAAUAGCCCAAGACGUGCCCCGCGAGAAGAUGCGCAUCGUCAGCUUCCAUCCAGGCCUUGUCAGGACAGAGACGACAAAGGGGCUUUUUCCCGACAAAGGCGAUGGGGAAGCCCCCUGGUAUUCAUCUGAACUCCCUGGUAACUUUGCUGUUUGGCUUGCAUCCCCGGAGGCCGCUUUUCUCCACGGCCGCUACGUUGAGGCUUCUUGGGAUGUGGAGGAACUCAAGUCUGGUCAGGUCAGGGAGCAGAUUGAGAACGACCCAUAUCUGCUCAAGGUUGGCAUUCUAGGGUGCCACCCUUGA